UAUCAGCAGUAUCAGCAGUUAUGAUAAAUGGAGGUUUGGAUACUAACUGCGUCACAUGAUCUCGUAUCUUGUUUUACUUUGCCUUCAGCGCGGUCUAUCUUGUUUUGUCCUUUCCACCCCCACCAACCACCAUCAGCUCUUCUACCAGGACCACAACCAUCACGAUGCCCACCAUACCCAAAUUCACCAUUUCCCACCCCUCUGAGGCCUCGGCCUCCUUCGAAGCAGCCCGCAUAGCCCAAAUCCACCUCCUCGCCAUGCAAACCAACCCGCUCCUCCACGCCCAAUUUCCCACACGCAAAAGCCAAGACGCCCUCGAAUGCUUUCUCGCCAGAGACACUCAGCAAAAGAUUGGUCCACUCCAAACAUCGACUCGCCGCGAUGUAGGCAUCUGGGUGGCCAGGCUUGAAGGCGAGGAUGAGAUUGCGGGGUUCAUUCGGUGGGAGUAUCCUCCUCCAAAUGUUGACAAAGGGAAGGGGAAGAGUGACGAGGACAAAAAGAAGAAGUUGGAAGACGGAGAAAUCAAGUACCUCCCAGGAUGCAGGAGGGAGUAUCUAGAGGAGUAUGCGCGGUUGGCAUCGGAGGCUAAAGAGAGGAGUGGGUUUAUGGAGAUAAGAUGUUGGCAUCUCACGUUUGUAUGCAUCGACCCCAAGCACCAAGGCCGUGGAGCCGGGUCUCUGCUGACAAGACGGUUGCUUGAAUUGGUGGAAGAUACACAGGAGGAACAUGGACCGCUGCCGGUGUAUUUGGAGAGUACGAUGGAGGCAGUUCCGAUGUAUGAGAGGUUAGGGUUCAAGGCUGUGGAUGGCUUUGAGAUGGAGAUACCUGCCCUGGGGAUGAUCUCGGGUGAGGACGAGGGCAAAGCUGAGGGAGAGAAGACGGCAUACAGAGAGGUUUGUAUGGUUUACUAUCCGAAGGGGGCGAAGUGACACCAAUAUGGGAAACUGAUUCAACGGUUGGGGUCUCAUAAUUCGGUCGGUGGCACUGGAACCGAAGUGAACUCAGGUCGUCCCCCACCCACACAUCAUCAUCAUCUCAACUGAAGUAAUUGAAUGAAAGGGCAAGUGUGCAUCAACGGC